AUGGUUGAGAUAUUACACCAACAUGAGAAGCAAGGGGGAGCUAUGAGACCUUAUCACCAGAUGGAAGAAUUUAGAAGCAGUUUGGUAAAAUGUAGCUUGAGUGACAUGGGGUUUGAAGGCAAUAAGUUCACGUGGUGUAACAAUAGAGAGGGGCCUUAUUUUACCAAAGAAAGGCUAGACCGUGCAUUGGGAAAUUUGGAACUGACCUUGAGCUUCUCUGACUGCUGUUUCCAGGUUCUUGCAGCACAUUCUUCAGAUCAUAGCCCACUUGUAAUGCAUCUUAAGAAGGGAGGGAGAAGGUAUGACAGCAAGGGGGGUGGAAAGGAGAGAAUCUUCAGGUAUGAAGCUUCCUGGAAAUUGCACGAUGAAUGCACUAAAAUCGUAGCCAAUUGCUGGUCCCCUCAAGUGCAGCAAAGAGGAUCACACCUGUGGUGGUCUCAGCAAUGCCUAGGCAAGUGUAAAGAAGAUUUAGUGAAGUGGAGCAGUACCAUCCUUAUGCAACAGAGGAAAGUUAUCCAAUCGAAGAUGGCUCAAUUGGCUAGUUUGCAGGAAGUUAACACAGGAACCAAUAUUGGAAUGGUAGCCUGA